AGAUCGGGGUUGUUGGAAGAGAAGCGACGGAGAGUAAAGGGGAAGGGAGCACCUCACUUUCCUUCCCCUUUCCUCCCCUUCUUUUCCUUUACUAAUUUUUAUCCAAAUAUAACCUAAAUCUGAGUCAAGGACUCCAUUGAAACCAUCUUGACUGUGGACUCUCUGUAUUUCUAGUGGUAUAAGAGACCAUUUCUUCGAGCUCUGUGUUGGAGAAAAGGCGUGUCUUUUUUCUGGUGGAGUGAAGGUUCUUGGGAAUGCUCUGUGCUUUUUGCUUGUUUGUCUUUGUGUUAUUUGGGAAAACUGUAGUGGCAUGCUAUGCCAUUGCUAUGUCUCUGCAGAAUAAGCAGCGGGUUAUAUGUACUUCACCAAUUAAAGCACUCAGCAACCAAAAGUUUAGGGAGUUUAAAGAAUAGUUUUCCGAUGUUGGUUUGAUGACGGGGGGAUGUAACAAUUGAGCCCAAUGCUUCGUGCUUGAGAAUCUGAGAUCAUCCGGGAUGUCGCUUGGGUUAUUUUUGGUGAGGUGCACUACAUGCGUGAUAGAGAUAGACGUGUCGUGUGGGAAGAGAGUAUUGUCAUGGCACCAAAAAACUCUAGAUUUGUGUUUCUCUCAGCUACUGUGCCUAAUGCGAAAGAAUUUGCUGAUUUGGUCGCUAAGGUUUAGUGGCACUAUUGUUGGUUAUGGGGAUAAUAAUGCAUCUGGAUGGGCUGACUCUGAGUGGAGAACUCUAAAGGUUCAGUGGGAUGAACCUUCAUCGAUUGUACGUCCAGAAAGAGUGUCUGCAUGGGAAUUGGAGCCUCUGGCUGCAACUAAUACUACUUCAACUUCACAGUCUGCACAGAGGAACAAGCGAGCACGACCACCUGUUUUACCUUCACCAACUACAGACCUUUCUGCACUCGGAAUGUGGAAGUCUUCACCUGAAUUUCCUGCUUUAUCAAACUGCGACUCUCAGCGAGGACAGGACCUCUAUCCAUCACCUAAAUUCUCCCAGGCUGCAAAGGCUAACUCCAUAGGUUUUAGUGGGGAUGGAGGAUUGCCUGUGGUGUCUAGCAGCUCCAUGUAUUGGUCUACCCGUGUUGAAAGUGUAAAAGAGUCUUUUGUACCUUUUGUUAACAAAGAAACUAGUGCAAGGCAUCAGGGCACUGGGAAUGGCUACAGGCUUUUUGGCAUUCAAUUACUUAACAAUAAUAACUGUGAUGAAGUUUCACAAAUGGUUGCAAUCACUGCAGCUGAUGACCAGCCAGAUGCUGACACUGACCAGAACUCUGAACCGUCAAAUCUAAAUCGAUCUGAUUUUCCUUCUGUAAGUUGUGAUCUGGAGAAGUCAUACCAACGAUCUCCUCAGGAGUCACAAAGCAGACAAAUUCGAAGCUGCACAAAGGUGCAUAUGCAAGGUAUGGCCGUUGGAAGAGGUGUCGAUUUGACAAGAUUUGAUUGUUAUGAGGACUUGCUAAAAAAAUUUGAGGAGAUGUUUGAUAUUGAAGGUCAGCUUUGUGGAUCCACUAAGAAAUGGCAGGUUGUUUACACUGAUGAUGAAGACGACAUCAUGAUGAUCGGGGAUGAUCCAUGGCAUGAGUUUUGCAGCAUGGUGAGGAAGAUUUUUAUCUAUACUCCAGAGGAAGCAAAAAAACUGUCACCCAAGAUACAACUUGUAGUUAACGAUGAGAUGAAAUUAACCAAGCAUGACACUGACACAGCAGUCAACACUGAGGACCGGUUGUCAGUUGUUGGUCCUGGGUGCUAAUAUAUCCCAGGCCUCUGGUCAUGGAGUAAACUGUUAGAGGGAAAGCAUGGAAGGGAAUGGAGGAAGAGCAACAUUGGCGAACAGAAAAGGCAUAAAAUGUGCUGGAUGGAGAGUUUAGAGUGUUGAUAUGUUAUUAUAUAUUUUGUUUUACAAGGUGAACGUGAUGGCGCUUUUGCCUGUUUGGAUUUGGAAUAGGCAUAAAAUGUUUUCCCACUCUGAUUCAAGCUCAGUCUUCUUUUUUUAUUUUUUUUACACGAUGUGGUACAAUUGUAUUUUGUAUGUAUAUAUAUAUAUAGAGAGAGAGAGAGAGAG